UGGCUCUCUCCGGACUGGGAUGAGGAGAGAUGUGCUUGUGUGUUCAGGGCAGUACGGCACAGUGUCCGCUCCGAAGGGGAUGUUCUACUUGUCCUCACUCUGCCAUCCUGCUGAAGUUUCCAUCACAGACCUCUCAGCAGUAACCGUGUGGUGAUUUUAGAUACUACAACUCCCAGCAUGCAAUUGUACCGGUGGGUGGAGAACUGGAGGAGGAAGUCUUACCUGCCAGGACAGUUUGCAGGGUCAGGACAGGACGAUUCCUUUGACUUCCUAUUUAAGAUCAUCCUGAUUGGGGACUCCAACGUGGGCAAGACCUGCGUGGUCCAGAAUUUCAAGUCAGGGAUCUUCACUGAGAAACAGCAGAACACCAUUGGAGUGGACUUCACUGUCCGGACGCUGGAAAUCGAGGGCAAAAAAAUCAAGAUGCAGGUUUGGGACACUGCCGGCCAGGAGCGCUUCCGCACCAUAACUCAGAGUUACUACCGCAGUGCCCACGGUGCCAUGAUCACCUACGACCUGACACGCCGCACCACCUUCGACUCUGUCCCCCAGUGGAUCCAUGAGGUGGAGCAGUUCGGGGCUUCCAGUGUGCUGCUCGUCCUCAUCGGGAACAAGUCAGACCUGGAGUCCCAGCGGCAGGUGCUGUUCGAGGACGCCUGCACGCUGGCAGAGGAGCGAGGCAUGCUGGCCGCCCUGGAGACGUCGGCCAAGGAGUCACACAACAUCGAGGAGGCGUUUCUGCUGAUGGCGCGAGAGCUGAUGGCGCGCAACGGCAUGAUGGUCCAGCAGCAAUCGCCGCAACAGCAGUCUCAUGUCCUGCUGCGUGCCAACUCAAGGCCCAUCGACGGCCCGGCUCCAGCGGAGAGGAAGUCCUGUAACUGCUGAGGGGGGCUCUUUGGCCCACUCACGCUCAUCCGACUCCGCCGUCCCAGUGAUGGAGAAUCCCCUAAACAUGGCUGGUCCUAGUUGGGGGGGGAGGGGAUGACAAAAUAUACUAUGAAUGAGAAUUAGUGUGUUAUUUAAUUUACCGUAUGGUCAAUUCGUCUUCUUUGAACCAGCUGACAGGAUCACUGAUGCAUGAAUGUGAAACAGAGAGAGAUGCCAAAAUCUAGUCAUUCUAAAGAAGCCAGACGCCUUUAAAUUGGUGGUGCAUGAGGGUUAGGGUCCUGCUGGUUUUUGAUUAGUGUUUUAUACAGUGAAUACCAAGUAAGGUCAUUCUCUGAGGUCACAGUUAACAGGCAGGGCAACUAUACUCUGCUGUGCUCGUUCCGUUCAAACGCUGCAUUGUUUUGUUCUAAGCCUCAAGUGCUGCAAAGCAGAGAAAAGGCUUCAAAAUGAGCAGCGCAGCACCUGUUCAGGAUAUUUUAUGGGUCACUUCAAGUUUCACUUCAAUAAAAAAACACACACGCUGCGAUUCACAGUUCCUGUCUGUCUGGACCGGCAUCAUGGAACCUGUUACAUUUAGCAUGGGAAUUUUGGUUUUUGUACUUCCUGUACUUUUAAUUUAUGUAGUGAAAUAUUGGCCGUAUAAAAUACACCAAUAUAAAGUAAAACCAUCCCCAAUAUAUUAAAGCAUGAAUGUAGGAAGAGUUGAUACUCACUGUGAAAGAUUUAGCAGGCUUACGUGGUACUCAGACGCUCUGUAGUGAAACCGCUUUAAAAUGAUUAUAACUUAGUGAGGUAAUUUGUGAAGUCUGCAUUUUCACCUUGCAAGGAGGAUGAACGCAAUUCUAUGUAUUUCACCACCUUGGAUGUAGUCAGUAAUUUGGAGGACAAUAAGGGGCAGAAGGGUUAAGGUGAUUCACAAAGUAAUAAACACUAAACGGAUGACGAACAAA